GGAAUGUUUGAACAGCACUGGGAACUGGCCUCUCUGGCGUAAUAUCAGAUACACAUCAAAUUUACAUGGUGAAAGUCAUAGCACAUGGGUGGGAGGGGGAUGGAGGGAAAAUCAUAGCGCAUGGGGCUAGCUAGUACUAUAACAUUUUGAGAACACAAGCCAUGGCAUGCUGGUGACAUCAUCUACCAAUCCACCAUACGAACAGCAACUCAAUAAUUUCACAUAGUAAGAGGCAGAUGCCCUCAUUGGGUUCUUUUUUAAGACAAAAAUCAACAAAAAAUAAAAUGUGUUCACUUUCACUGGUGCAAAUUUAAUGCAAAAAACCGAAGAUGCAAGUUAUGGACAAAAACAGCAACUCUGCAAAUUGCAUGCACGCACAUUGUUGGGCAUUUACGAAAGAAAACGUACACACUCACGCAUGCACACACUCUGGACGACAUCACCCAUCCUGAUUGAAAAAAAAUGAAAACGUACAUGUACGAAAGAAGCUUAUGAAAGAAAAGGAGGCUUUCGUCAGAGUAUCCCAUUCCCAUCCCCUAUGAAUUUACAUUUUGUUGUUGUGUGAUAUAUUACAUUUCAUUGCUUAGAUUUGAUCAUCCCCCCUCCCUCCUCUAUAUAUAUCUCGUCGAAAUGCAAGGCAUCAUGAACCAUCACCCCUCUCUCUCUCUCUAUAUAUAUCUUCUUCUAGAUUUUUAAUAGUUCGGAAGAAUUUCAUUCCGGUCGUCCAGGGGGACCAACAACAACAAAAAUCAAAAAGAAAAAAAAGGUGAUGGAGAUGAAUUCAUCAUGCAGCAUGAAGAGGGUACCGUUGUUGGUUGCUAUUGCUAUUGGGCUGUAUUUCAUGAACCCAACCGAAGCCAGGAGGACGAUAAUCGAUAUAACUCACACGUAUUAUAAUGUCAUCCCUGCUUUCGGCAGUCCAAAUGGAAGCAAACCGAUCAUCCACGAACAAGACAGGGACGGAUUCCAAACUGGUUACUAUACCGUUGGAACUCACUAUGGCACCCACGUCGAUACACCUCAACACUUGAUGAGCUUGAUAGAUAACCCCAUCUCCGUCCCUACUCUUGACCUUCUCACUCUAAUUGGUCCGGUCCUGGUUGUUAGAAUUCCUACGGGUGUUCAGAACAUAACUGCUCAAGUCGUAUGCAAUUUGGGUCUGCCCACCGGACUAGAAAGAGUGAUCUUUAAAACCGAUAACACUGACAGGUGCCUCAUGAAUCAGAUACCUUUUGAAAAAAAUUAUGCCGGACUGAUGCCAGAUGCAGCAGAAUGGUUGGUGAAGAAUACUACAAUCAAAUUCAUUGGAGUGGAUUACAUGUCUGUUGCCUCAUUUAACUACGCUGUUGAAGUUCAUGAGAUUUUGUUGAACAAGCCGGGCGUAAUUCCAGUGGAAUGCUUGAAUCUUGAGGGUGUGGAGCCUGGGUAUUAUGAUGUCUACUGCUUGCCUACAAAGGUUGAAACCGAGGGAGCACCAGCAAGAUGCAUCCUCAUGAAGCCAACCAAAGCUAAAAGGACAAUACUCGAUAUAACUCACACGCUUAAGAACUACAUGACUGUUUGGAAAAAUUAUGCACAAACCAAAGAAAUCAUUAGGGAACACAACGGUACGCAUUUCCGCACUGGUGAGUUUACGGUUGGAACUGACUAUGGCACCCAUGUUGAUUCUCCUCAACACUUGCUCAGCUUGAAAGAUAGCCCCAUCUCCGCCCUUACCCUUGACCUUCAAACUCUAAUUGGUAGGGUCCUGGUUGUUAGAAUUCCUACGGGAGUUCGGAACAUAACUGCUCAAGUCGUAAGCAAUUUGGGUCUGCCUCGCGGAAUAAAAAGAGUGAUUUUUAAGACCGAUAACACCGACAGGCGCCUUAUGAAUAAGAUAGCUUUCGAAACAGAUUAUACUGGAUUGACACCAGAUGCAGCAGACUUGUUGGUGAAGAAUACUACAAUCAAAUUCAUUGGAGUGGAUUAUAUGUCUGUUGCCUCAUUUGACUACCAUCAUCAAGUUCAUGAGAUUUUGUUGAACAAGCCGGGCGUAAUUCCGGUGGAAUGCUUGAAUCUCAAGGGUGUGGAGCCAGGGUAUUACGAUGUCUACUGCUUGCCUAUAAAGGUUGCAAUGGAGGCAGCAACAGCGAGAUGCAUCCUCAUGAACACUAGGCACUAG